UUUGUUCUGGUCACUAUAUAUAUAAUAACCAAUUUGCUACAAGCUUCACAUUAUCAAGUCCCUCCAAGAGCCCUUCCAACUAGAGAAAAGAUAUGGAGUAUAGUGGUCAUGAUUUGUUGGAGGAACUCUUGUCUCUCAGAACUGACCCCUGGGAUUUUGCUACCAAUUUUCCAUUAGAAAUGAACGAUUUCUACAAUAACAUUGCUGCUUGUAGUAAUUUUGAUCAUUUUCUCGAAAAUCCUUUUCUUGAUACCACACAACCCUUUUGUUUUGAAGAGUUUUCGAGUUUCCCAUUCGAUCAGCAAAGCCUUAAUGUCUCCUCCACAUUCAAUGUGUCUUUUGGAAAUGAAAUCGCGACAUCAGUCCCACAACUCACCUAUGAUUCUUCGUCGUUUAAUACACCCUCAUAUGUUCCUCUAGAAGAAGAGUACUCGUCGCGAGCUGUUGCUAAUUCUUGUAAAGUAGAGCUAACUCAAUCCCCUGAGUUGCCGGUUUUCAACCAAGGAGUUUGCUCUGAGAAGAAGACUAAAGGCAAGAGACUCAACGGAGAGCAAUCCAAAAAUCUGAUGGCUGAGAGAAGACGAAGAAAACGUCUCAAUGACAGGCUUUCCAUGCUUAGAUCUGUUGUUCCUAAGAUCACCAAGAUGGACAGGACAUCAAUACUCGGAGACACCAUAGAUUACAUGAAUGAGCUUCUGCAGAGAAUCAAGAAUUUGCAAGAAGAAAUGAAUCCAAACCAGCAUGAGCUAACCUCGGCAUCUAUUUUAAAAAAUGUGAAGCCUAAUGAAGUUCUUGUAAGAAAUUCACCAAAGUUUGAUGUGGAAAGGCGAAAUGUGGAUACCCGAAUAGAAAUAUGUUGUGCUGCCAAGCCUGGUUUACUAUUAUCAACUGUGACAACAUUAGAAGCAUUAGGCCUUGAUAUUCAGCAUUGUGUCAUUAGCUGCUUUAAUGACUUCGGAAUGCAAGCUUCUUGUUCAGAGGAGAUGGAUCAGAGAGGAGAUAUAAGUCCAGAAGACAUGAAGCAAGCAUUAUUUAGAAAUGCAGGGUAUGGAGGAAGGUGUUUGUAGAGGGGUUUCUUUGUCCUCGAAAGUGAAGGCUUGUGGUGCAUACUGGAUCUUCAUUAUGAUGUGAUUUUUGUCUUAUUUGGAGUAGUACAAGUAACAGGCUGCUUAAAUUUAUUUGUUAUUCAAAUUAUUUAUAUGCUUAAAUUAUUUAUGCGACUGGUAAUUUAAAAUUCAA